CAAUGAAAGGUAGAGUUUACAAAGGUCUAGGAUGACAUCUGGUGUGUUGACUGUGGCCAGCCUUAAAUCUAGUUAUUGCCGUUUGAAAGGAGCUGCUGUAAGCCAGGUCUCAAAAAAGCUCCAGAAGGAAGAAAAGCUGCUUUAGUGAUCUAAAUGGACGCGAUACUGAACUACAGGUCGGAGGAUACUGACGAUUACUAUACGUUGCUGGGAUGUGAUGAACUGUCUUCGGUUGAACAAAUCCUGACAGAAUUUAAGGUCAGAGCCCUGGAAUGUCAUCCUGACAAACAUCCUGAAAACUCCAAAGCUGUGGAGACUUUUCAGAAACUGCAGAAGGCAAAGGAGAUUUUGACUAAUGAAGCGAGUCGAGCCCGCUAUGACCACUGGCGAAGGAGCCAGGUGUCGAUGCCUUUCCAGCAGUGGGAAGCUUUGAGUGACUCGGUGAAAACGUCAAUGCACUGGGCUGUCAGAGGUAAAAAAGAUCUGAUGCUGGAAGAAUCUGAUGAGACUCAUACCAACAAAACUGAAAAUGAGGAAUGGAAUAAGCAAAAAGAAAUAAAGAAAGAGGAGCUGGGUUCAACCACAGAGGAAAUGGAGCAAAAAGAAUCCCAGUCCCUGGAGAAGUCAUUCUCCCCACAAAGUCCAGAUUCUCCAAAUAUGAACUGUUGGCACCUUCGUUUCCGCUGGUCUGGGGAUGCUCCUUCAGAACUACUGAGGAAAUUCAGAAACUAUGAAAUAUGAAAUGUCCCUGCUCCGUAGAGGAGAGGGAGAGAGAGAGAGAAAGAGAGAGAGCAAGAUCAUUCCCUGUGCAGCCAACAUGCAAUCUUUGUUUAAAUCUUUAAAAUGUCAUGUUUAUGAAUCGCUGAGUACCAAUUCAUUCCUCUAUCCUUGAACCCAGUCUCUCAAUGUGUUUUUUAAAUGAGAAAAUUUUCAGAAGAUUAGUUUCUUUGAAUAUUUGAAUAAAUUAAGGAUUUUAGAUCUAGAAUAGAUUGUAUUAUGUGCAUUUUCCUGUUAAUGUUAUUUAUAGAAAUCCAUUUUAAAAAUCGAUCUCUGUAUUUAAAUAUUUCCUUGAGAUAUCAGGAUCUCUAUUCAUACUGGAUGUACAAAACUGUUUUCUGACUCUGGACUUUAAAUGAAAUGUGAAAUUACUUGUCUAAACACCAUUGAAUGAAAUAAAUGAUUUUCCCAAAGUUCAUAAUGAA